GGUGUGUGACAGACACGGCACUGAUAACUGGCAGCAGUGAUUUCUAGUCUGUGUUUAUUUCACUGGAGGGAAGACCGGCCUGUAUAAUGCAGUAGCUUGUCGCCUGAUCAUCAGGACAAUGAGAUAAUACGAUCCAUCCUUAUUCUUAAUGGAAACACAGACACACAUGGAAAUGGCGCACAGAGAGACCCAAGAGGAAAGAACCAAAGAGGUGGCAGAGGACAUCACGGAGGAACAAUUCCUUAAAGAUCUCUACCUUUUCAUGAAGAAGAGAGAUACACCGAUAGAGAGGAUCCCACAUCUGGGCUUCAAACAAAUUGACUUAUUUGUGAUGUUCAAGACCGUCAGAGACUUGGGUGGAUACCAUCAGGUGACUGCUCAGCAGCUGUGGAAGCAAGUUUACAACAAGCUUGGCGGAAACCCUCGAAGCACAAGCGCAGCCACCUGCACUCGCAGACACUAUGAGAAGCUGCUUCUGCCGUACGAAUGCCAUGUGAAAGGCAUAUUAAUGAACGCCUUGCCUCAACAUCAACAAAAGCACUUCCACUAUGCCAACUACAACAAAGACGAUGAAGAUGGCCAGAGACCAGCCAAACGCAAACUGUUAUCAAUACGGCUGCAUCAGAGUCCUCAUAACCUCCCUUCAGAUCCACAUGGGAGUGUCUUCUCUGUGCCACACCACUACUCUCACUACUAUCACCCAAGCCACGUAGUUCUGCCCCCGUAUGUCCCCAUCUCCUCCUCAGCGUUGACACCACACGCACCCCCUGCCCCCGAGCCCCAGUUUGCUUUCCGUCCAUCUUGUCCAAACCCAGCAGACACGGUCAGGAAGCCGCUGGAGCGUUUGCGCCUCCUGGCAGAACAGUACAAGACCUCAUCUGGAUUGAAUGAGCCCCUGAACCUUAGCGUUAAGGCACCAAGCCAGGAGACCAACAGAAACCCUGCCUCAUCUUUCUCCCCACCUUCAUCCAGCAAGAACCCAAAGUUUCUGAACAAACCCUCCCCUCUGUACACCCCUCAUCGCUCACAGGUGGUGAUAAAUGAAGGAUGUGACACACAAGAUGUUGAGGCAGAUGGAGGAGUCACACCGUAUUCGUAUCCUGCAAAAGCAGGAGAGGCAUAUGUCAUUGACGUCAAAGCCAUUACAGCCUCAAGCAGCCCCACACAUGACUCGGCUCCGACAGUGAGAACAGACGAAGGUGCCAAAGCAACGGCACAAAAAGCCAGCUCUCCAAAAACAGACUUUGCAGUGCAGUCAAACGAAGAGCGGGAGGGCAGCCCAGAAGUAAGGAGGCUCAGUCCCAGACACACUCUGCCCAGCCUCCCUCAAGACAAUGGAGGCAAGAUGGAAAUUCAGAUACCACUUUCUAUGUUUAACAGCUGGCUCAGGCUAUAUGGGUCCUCGGCCAUGAUGCAGGUAGCUGAGCAGCUACAUACUCAGGAGGAAGACUCUGGACAAAGGAAUUACUCCUCGAUAGACAUCCUCCCCACCAAUCUGUCAUUUCACAGGAAUCCCCAAAACUUGAGUCCAGCUCCUGAGGAUCUAAGUAUCAGGCAGAGGAAAGUACCAAGCCCCACACCAGCCAUGCAGACUACUGCGACUCACCACAGUGCAAGCCAAAAUCAUUUCACCAGCUCCAAGCCUUUGCCUUCAGGUGGCCUUCUGAAAAACGCAUCCAUCCGGGACGUCUAUCCAGUUGAUCAGCAGGAUAUCAUGACAUCGUACAACUCCAAAUCCUCAAACUGCUGGGACGCCUAUGACAAAGAAACUCGUGCUUCCCACAUCCACGGGAAAACUGACUCUAGUCCCCUCACAGUUCAGCAAGACUUUACAGCCAGUAAAUCCUAUAAUGAAGACGCACCCAAAGGAGGGAAAGAGAGGUCGGAGACCGGGCCCACAGCUGUGCUAAUGGUGAACUCUGGCUCUGCUUCUCUGUUGCACCUCACCCCUGCAGAAGUGAUGAAGCUGAAGGAAAUCAUCUCGAGCUCAUCGUGAAAAUCAGUUCACAAAACUACAGUGACGCUCCAACACCACAUUAAAGCUGACUGGCUUAUUUAUACAUUAUACUGCAACUUCUUUCUU